AUGUUUGCCCUCACAAUUCUCGCUGUUUCUCUCGCGUCUUCGCUUCCCGGUUCAAGUUUUGUCAACGCUGUUGCUAUUCCUGUUCGUCGGUCGGCUCGCCAUGUCCCGAUGCCACUGCUGCAACGAAACUCGGGUGGACAGAAGGUUCUGAAGAUGAAGAAGCGCUCGUCGCCAGAUGGUAUUCCUGGUCAUAUCGACAUUACGUCGAUGUCCAAUGGAGUGGAGACGAAGAAAGGCUAUUUGCUCGCCAACACAACGCAAGAACCCUACACACUCGACGCUUCCCCAACCGAGUUUACUCAGCUCUGGCUAUUCCCUUCUGACGAAAAUCACGCUUCCAUCCAUCUGCCUCUCAACAACUCUACGCUGUGUGCCUGCUACGAUCCUCAUCCAGUCGCCCCAGAACCGCUUACCCUUCGCGACUGUGACUUGUGUUCCUCUGAUGGCAGCACCGUCUUUGCUUGGAAUCGCACAAGCGGCGUCGUAGCUCCCAUCUUCCAGCAAAACGACACUGCACCAGCUCCUCCGCCUCUGGAUCGGAGACAGACACAAGAACCCCCGAUGAGCGUCACUCUCAAGUUUAGACCCGACACUGCAGAAACCAAGGCAGCCCAGGCAGCGACUGUGCCAUCAAGCUCUUUGGAUGCUACGACUACGACAACCACCGUCACCGUCUACACAUCUUUGUCAUCGCCAUCGCCAUCGCCAAUGCUCGCUCAAGCAGAAGAGCCUACGACAACAAUCACAACCACGGUCACACUUUCUGCCAGCCAGUCGACGCCAUCUGCCAGUGCCCUCGCCACUGAAGAGCUUGCAGUCGCAUCAACCACCAGUGAUGGCAUCAGCACCGCUUCGUCUAGUACAGCUCCGUCACUCGCCUUCCUUGCAGCAGCACCAGCAGCAACUUCAAGUUUCCCGUCAAUACUCGGCAGCUCGUCGUCGCUAGUCAGCAGCGCAUCGUCAUCUGCUUCUUCUUCUUCUUCCACCCAAUCAUCGGAUCCAUCGAUCGCCACCCCAGGAGUUCAACCAGAGCAGGCAGAGGCAGUCUUGGUCGGCGGAGUCGCGCCGAGAGCUAGAGGAUCAGAGGCUUACGCACCCUGGUGGUGA